AUGGCCACAAAAAGUUGUGACGGCACUGCUCAUCAUUCCUCCAUUGCCUUGCUUCAAGAGAGGUUUAGGCAAUUGCAAAGAGCAAAGGAGAUGAGGAAGGAGAAGGAGCUUCUGAGACUGUUCUCCGAGUCGGAGAGGACUAGUAAUCCGACCAAGCGUUACGAGCCAACGGGGUUGUUUUUCUUCUCCGAAUCCGUGCCUCCUCAUCAUAGGCCGCCUUCUCACCAAGGCUCUAUCUACGUGCAGCAAAAUUUUCAGGGCAAGCAUGGCAACUUCCAAGGCAAUGAGACCAACCCAAUCUUUGCAAACAUGACCUCCACAAGUGGUGCAGCCAUGAAUAAUAGAACAUAUAGUUUUGAUGAUUCGGAUGUAGACACUUCUCUUCACCUGUGA